UUUAGUUGUGUCUGUUGAUUAAUAUAAUAAAUAAACGCUUUGGUCCACUCGAGAUGGACCAAUUUGUAAAGACUCUCAUCGAAGAGGUCAAGUCGCAGGGCGUCUUCGAUGAGUUUCGUUUUAACUGCUGUCUGGCGGAUGUGGACACAAAGCCAGCCUAUCAAAAUGUGCGCAAUCGAGUUGAGACUGCUGUGAAUGAUUUUCUAGCCAAACAGCAGUGGACACCGGAAACUAACAAGGUGCAGUUGCGAGAGCGACUACGUAAGCAUUUGUUGGACUCAGAUGUGCUGGAUAAGGGCGUGGAUCAUAUUGUCGACCAAGUUGUUAAUCCCAAAGUGGCCACUAUCUUUGAGCCAAAGAUAGAGAGUAUUGCGUAUAAGUAUUUAGGCAUACCGCCACCACCGCCGCCAGCAAAUCCACCCCCUCCGCGUCCACCGCUGCUACCUGCGCCGCCUUUGCCACCGUAUCCAGGCCAUACACUUGGACACUUGAAUGGUGGCAAUCUACUUAAUAUAGAAACAGCAGCCUGCUUACUACCUACAGAUUUGGAGCAAAUUAGUCCCGAUUCUGAUCGCGCUACAGUCAAAUCAGAUUUAAAGGAAGACAGCAAAGAGGGGGAAUUGCCACCACCUGGUGUGGAUGAUGACAUGGAUGACGAUGUUGCUUCGCCAACUUUUGAAUCCGCUACGAGCUUUAAAGAUGACAUUAAUAAUCUGUCAUUAAAUACAUCAGACUCGGUGCGGGAUGUCAAAGAGUUGGCAGGUGAAUCCCGUGACGCUGGCGCCUCGCAAACCUCACAGCUGUCUCAAGUCUCUAGUGACAGUCAUCUAACAAUAGCAUCCACAGAAACAGCGCACGCUACAAACCUCAACAUAAGCGAGGAGCUUGACUCUUCUUUGGCUGCCAACAUAUCCGAAGAGGCACAGAUGCCUAAGUUCAAUGAAAAUCCUGACGAAACUGAAAGCGAAGCUAGGCCGGAAUUACAUUUCGACAUUAAACAGGAUGCAAUCACAUUUCAAGGCACUGAGCGACACAGAUCUGAGCCGCAGUCGCUAUCGAUUGAGGAUGCAAUCAUGUGCGAGGUUAAGGCCAACAUUUGCAAUGUCGACAAUGUUGAAAUUGAGGCUGCACCAGUGACUGAAUGUGUAGUGACUGCAGAGGAUGAGCAGGUAGUAGCCAACAACUUUGAGUUACUGCUGGAAGCCGCAGAGGCUGCAGCAAUUGCAGCAACAGACGUACCUGAAAAUAAAAUUGAGUCCGAUGAAUCCAAGCCAAUAGCUGAGCAACUAUUGGUCGCCACUGAGCUGGCACUGAUCGCCGCCGAGCCGCCACUGGUCGCUACUGAGUUGCCACUGGUAGCCACAGAGCAGCCAUUGAUCGUCACUGAGCCGCCACUGGUCGUCACUGAGCCGCCACUGGUCGUCACUGAGCAGCAACAGCAGCUUAAAGAGGAACUCAACAAGUCUACAGAAUUUGCUGCAUCUCCUGCUACUACUUCCUCGUCCUUUAAGACAACUAAAUUGGAUAAAGAUAAGAACAAGGAGCGAGACAGAGAUCGAAAACAUCAUCAUCAUAGCGAUAGUACGCAACGACGCGAACGUGACAAGUCGCACAGCAAAAAUUCAUCAAGCUCCAAGCACUCUUCAUCCCAUUCCUCCUCACAGACUUCGAGCAGCUCUAGGCACAGGAGUAGCAGUUCCAAAAAUGAUAAAAGCUCAUCAAGCAGUUCCAGUCGUAGCAAUCAUGAUUCAAAGCGCAGCUCAUCGUCACGUCAUGAGUCAUCGAGCUCUUCUUCCAAGCGACACAAAUCCAGUUCAUCUACCUCAAAGAGUGAUCGUUCUAGUCACAGCCACAGCCACAGUCGUCACAGUUCAUCUUCCAGUUCCAAGCGUAGUGAUCGUGAUCGCCACAAGUCCAGCUCAACUUCGAGUACGCUUAGCGUCACAGUGCCAACUAGUGUUCAGGAUGAUCAUAACGAGGAAAAGUCCAAGCUGCAUAAACGCCAUAGCAACGAUUCCAAUGAUGAGGGCAAAUCCCCCCGCGCCAACAACAAAGCAAUUACUACAAAUGGUGGCAGCGCAACUUUUGUAAGCAAUACCUCAACAAAAGAAAACGGUAAUGUGAUGGAGGCUAAUGAUAAUAAUUGUGCUACUGAGACUGCUGAAACUGCAACUGAGUCUUUACCCACAAGUCAUGUGGUUAAUGUCACUGAUAUGCUGAUGCAAUCCAGCUCAAGUUUUAUAGAAAUAAGCAGCGUACAACAAAGGACGCAAACUGAGUCGAAGCAGGAAGUGAAGCCACAGACAGCGACAGAGGAAGAGGUGCCGAAGGCAGAUGGAGAAUCGCCGGAUAGAAAGGUACUGAAGCCAGAGCGAGAAGUGCCGAAAACAGGGGAAGAGGCGCCAAGGACAGAGGAAGAGGCGGCAAGGGCAGAGGAAGAGACGCAGAAGACAGAGGGCAAGAUGCGGGAGACAGAGGAAAAGGCGCCGAAAACGGAGGAAGAGGUGCUGAAGACAGGGGAAAAUGCGCCAAACACAGAGGAAGAAGCUCCAAAAACAGAGAAAGAGACGAGGAAAACAGAGGAUGAGGCGAAAACGGAGAGAGAGGCGCCGAAGGCAGCGACUGCUAAUCAAAAAUCCGCUAGCCUGGAGCCCACUAAAGAAAAUAAGACUCCAACAAGCAUCGAGCAAACCGAAGCUGAGAAUAAGCCAAUGCUUGUCAAAGAUGCUAAAAAAGUUGAAAGCCUUGAGGAGAGGAUGGAGGAGAGUGUGGCAGUAACCCAACCUACGACCGAAACUGAGUCUGAUUGUGAGCCUAAACUUGAAUGCGAAAGCGAGUCUUGCACGCAUUUGGAGCAGAAUUUGGAAGAGUUUACAUUGCGUCUACAGCUGCUAGAACAACAUAUUAAAGAUCGGCGCACUUUGCUCAAUCAGCUAAGCAGCGCUGACGAGACGCAAUCCCGACGACGCAGCCAUUCAAAGAGGCGCCUAAGCAGUGAGAAUAUUUCAUCCACGCAACAGAGUAGCAGCAGCGCUAGCAGUAGCAGUUCCAGUGGCAACAGCAAUACAGACAGUCCCGAUGCCAAGCGUAACCGGCUCGAUACUGCCAAGACAUCACCUACGCCCUCAGAGCUGAGUCUGAACUCCAAAGAGAAUGAAGAGGUGGAAAAAGAGGAGAAAGGUCAGCUGAGCGGCAGACGACUGAGUCAAAAGCUCUGCCAGCAACAGCGCUACACCAAUGAUGAUCUCUACAAGCCACGCCUUCUUUUGUCGCAGCGGUCGCGUCGUCGCGGCUUGGAUUCAAUACUCUAGUACAAAAGACAAUUGUUGUUGUUAAGAGAGAAAAAACAAGUAGUAGCGUACUUUCAUCUGCGUUUAAUUCGACUUGGGUUUCCAAUGUUUAACAAUAAAUUGUUGCAUUAAUGUUUUAAAAGCUACAUUUACAGUUUACAAAUAGCAAGUGUAAUUCUCAAUCUUUAAUAUAUGGUAUAUAUAAAUUAAAAUAACAAACAAUGAACAUAAUAAUAGUAUUCUGUGUGUGAGUGUGUGUGUGUGUGUCUGUGUUAGAGCUUCUGCUCGCCAGCAAGCGUGGAUUAAUGUGAAUUUAUUUUAAUUUGAUUUCUUAUAAAUUUUGGUACUAAUAUAUACAUAGAAAGAGCUUCAUGGCUUAAACAAUUUUUUGUUUCUAAUCACAAUUGCCCAUUUAGGCGAGCAGAGUCUAUGUGCAGUCAAAGGGGUAGGAAUUGUUUAAAAAAUAUAUUUUACAUUACAAUGGGCAUCAAUAGCUUACACUUGGCCAUUGAAACUUGUAAAAAUAGGUGUGUGUGUGUGUGUGUAUUUAUUUUCAACAUUUAAACUUUUUAUUUUCAUUGUAAUUUGAUUACAA